AUGGAUAAUCUCCUCGAGUUCUCUAAGAAACUACGUGCGGUUCCCCUGCCCGAGAAGUCCUCGUGGCAGGGCUAUCUCGACUUUGUGCCUGUUGAGCAGGUGGCUCGGGAUAUUGUACGCGGGGUCCUGGCGCCUAGGGAUCCCUCUCCCUUGAAUCAGGUACGGUACAUUCACCAUCUCGGGGAGCAGAUCCCACUACAUGGAAUACAACGAUACUUGGAGAAGGGUACUGGUGCGUCGUAUUGGGCAUUACCCAUGGGGGAGUAG